UACCGGGCACACAGGCGGACACAGCACUCGUCUCUCUCCGUUACAACACACGGUCGGUUCGGCCAGGAGAGCAGUGCAACUGGACUUGCAGACAGUGUCAUUCCAGGGUCUCAGCAAGAUUUUAUUAUUAGAAAUCGAGAUAAUAAUUGCCAUAUAAAGUCUUUAUCAAUAACCAUUUCCAAACAUUCAUUAUUUAUUAUUGUAACUUUUGAGUUAAAAAAGCAAUGUCCGAAGUGCUGCCAUACAGCGAGGGGAAGAUGAGCGGCUUCGGGGCGGACAGUGAAGUCAGUCAGAUAUCCUUCAGCUGUCGACUGCAAGACACGAACUCGUUCUUCGGAACCUCACAGUCCAAACGACCACCGAAACUCGGGCAGAUUGGCAGGGCAAAACACGUGGUCAUUGAAGAUGACCGAAUUGACGAAGUUCUCAAAGGGAUGACAGACAAGUCAUCUCCCGGCGUGUAAACAUGAACGAUUAUACCUCGUCAACCUUUUCUUUUAAUCACCGGUUUGAAGCACUGUCGACUGUGCAUGUGAACAGUGAACGAGAGGUAAAGAUGAUGGUUCGGAGGUCGAGUAUGCAGGACAGGAUGAAGAAGAGCAAAGGAAUGUAACUCGACUGUGGGUUGAAAUAGCGAGAUUUGAAGAUGCUGGCAACUGUCAAACUGAAACCCAUCCCAAACCGCCGCUAUAAGAAGAAAGUCACGACAAAAUGAAGCCCCGUAUCAUCGGCAUCAAUCACACUGUUGAGAGCUGCCUGUUGAGUGGAGCUGUCCAUUUCAGCACCUGAAGCACAACUUGACUGCUUCUAGCUAAUAGUUUGCCGUCUUUCCAGAGAAAUAAACCGUAUUUAUAGGCCUAUCUUGCAUGGAAAUAGGUUGAUGUAUGUAAACGACCACAUCUAAAUCCAUUCCAUUUGCAACCCUUGGCUGAUGAAAUGCAGGUGCCCUUAAUAGUAGAUAAAAGUAAACACGUUCAACAAGGUAGACCUGAAAAAACACAUGGAGUGCUGGCAGCAAUCACGAAGGAAAAUGAGGAGUAUAUCUUCCUUUUAAUUGAUUUAUUGCGUCUUUUUAUGAUUGUUUUUUUUUUUUGUUUGGCGUCGAGUAUAGAUUCAUAUACUGUAUAUACGGUUCUCCUUGCAUGAACUUUUCUCUUGUGCCAUUGCAGGUCGCUUAAAACCCAGGCACGCUUAUUUUUACCAAGAUCAAUAUUUGUAUUUUUUAUAUCUCAAUAUUUGUUACUCAGAUCCUGAUCUUCAAUACAUAGUCUAUCAUCACAGACAGGGUGUGUCGAAACAGACAUUAAAUAAUAUCAAAAAAGGACAGACUGAAUGUUAAUUUAGAGAGAGGAUGCGCAUUUAACAUCUCAGUUGUUGGUUGAUUUAUUUGUUUGUUUAUUUAUUUAUUAUGAUUUAAAAAAUGUUCAGUGUAUGGUUUAUUGUGCAUGAUACCUUAAUAAGUUUCAUGCUUAUGAACAGUUUAUGAAGCAAAAAAAAAAUGUACAGAAAUGUCACAAAAUUCUAAGAAUGGUGUGAAUAAAUAAAUUAAUUCAGAG